CAUCCGGGAAAAAUACGUCACUUAAUCCGAGUUUUCCCGCGGUUCUGUUUGACUCGACUGAAGUCAUUUUGGGUUUUAUUUCUUGUGUGUUUUGCCGUAAAUAUCCGCAAUGUCAGGCGUUUAUGAGUCCCCGAAGACCAGAAUCAAUACGUCGAUGUUGUCUCAAUACAUCAAUCGACCAGUCUGCUUCAUUGGACGCUUGGAAAAGGUCCAUCCAUCAGGAAAGACUCUUACUCUUUCAGAUGGAGAAGGAAAGACUGCAUCAGUGGAGCUCAAUGAUCCUUUGGAUGAAGAGCUGAGUGGGAUUGUAGAGGUUAUUGGAAUGGUGUCCAACAAAGGAACAAUCAUGGCUGUUUCACAUACCCAGUAUCGUGAGGACAAAGUCUCUUUCGAUCUGGAACUGUACAACGAAAGCCUGAAAGUCCUUAAUGACUAUCCCCAGUAUUACCCGUUUGAGGUGUCAUUAAGCGGUUAAAAACAGCACUUUUAUUUUCAUUUUACAGUUUUUGUAUAAUUGGAUAUUUACUGUUUGUCCAGUUUUUGUUACUUGAAAUAAAACUUAUAUAAAACUU